GUUGCUGGAGCAUUCAUCAUGCCUAAAACCCUUUCACAUCCUGUGGAGGUUUCUCAGAUCUCACUCUGGGACUUUCCACCAGAGCCUCCCCCUCCAGGCUGAAAUUCAAGGGGAGCGAUUGCAGCCUAAACAGGUCACUUUGUGGAGAGAAUCCAAGGCACAGAAUGAAGAGCCCCCUUCCCAGAACAUGCCCGUUACCUGGAUCUAGAAGCAGAAGCAGGAGAUGAGGAAGAUGAGACCAUUGAUAAGGCAGAAGGAGCCACCCACCACCAGCUUCUGUACCCAAAGGAAGCCACGAGCUGCAGAAGAGAGGAGAAUCACAAGUGGAACCGGCAGCCAGUGGAUGCCACACAGAGAGGACCUUGUCUCCUGCUGGUUAGUAUAUGAGCAGAGUGCAGGGUUGGGGUUCAGAGAGGUGCAGGGAGGUGCAAGGGGAAAGCGCCCCCUGCUGAGCCACUGCCCUGCUCCCUGCAGCGCAGCGCCCCCAGGGCAACGCACUGAACAGGGUUGAGGUCACCCAACUUUGCUGAGCAUGAGAGACCGGCGCUCACGUGGCAGGACAUGGUGUGAAAUGGAGCCCAGAGGGUUAAUGACCCUUCAUUGCUCCUUGUGUUUGUGUCCUCCAGGGUCUGCAAGAGGCCCCCAGGCAGCACCCACAAGGCUGCAGGACAACGGUGAAACUCUCUGGCACCCGCCAUCUCUCAGACACUCCAUUGGUUUGUCUGAAAGUUCAUGCUGGAGAGUUUGCUACAGUUCCAACUUGAAGCGGGGGGAGAUGUGACGAAGCAGGGGGGGUUGCUUCUUUUUUCACUGGUUUCCAUGCAGAGGGGGUGGGACUCCGUUUCCCUGUGUGUUUCUGGUUGAACGAGGUGGUGGGAGAGGGAGUUUGUUGUUACAGAGGCCAGUGGUGGCACUAGGGACCCCGGAACACGGCCUGGAGAAGGGAUACUCCAGCAACUGGUGACCUGGUGACUGGGAGGCUCAGCUCAGAAGUCACAGCUGGUUCUGGCCAUUGGGAGGACAAUGGGCUGCAGAGAGAGGACCCCGGUGACCUGACCAGCUGGUUCCAGCCAGUGGGGAAACAAAGGAUGGAUGAGAGGAGAGGCUGAGAGGAGAGGAGGCCCAGGCAACCUGUUUACCUGGAACAAAAGACAAGGGACAGAGCCUCUUUCCAGAUGCUCCCCAGGCCAGUGUCUCCCGCAGACCCCGACCCGGCUCCCCAGCUCACCCUGUCCCCGCAGCAGCCUGUCUACAUAACUGGAGAAAAUGUGACCCUGACGUGCUCAGCUGCCGGGGCGCCCACCAUAUCCGGGGUCCGGUUCUUCAGCAACAACCAGAAAAUCCAAUCCAAGAAACUCCCCUCACCUCGGAACAGAUAUACCGACUCGAUUCAGCUUUCAGGGGUGUCUAGAGCUCAAGCCGGAGUGUACACCUGUGAAUCCUGGAAGACAGAGUCUGGGCGAAAAAUUGCAUCAAAGAGGACCCAACCCAUCUCCAUAGCAGUGACAGACCCCGACCCGGCUCCCCAGCUCACCGUGUCCCCGCAGCAGCCUGUCUACAUAACUGGAGAAAAUGUGACCCUGACGUGCUCAGCUGCCGGGGCGCCCACCAUAUCCGGGGUCCGGUUCUUCAGAGACAACCAGAAAAUCCAAUCCAAAAAACUCCCCUCACCUCGGUACAGAUACACCAACUCGAUUCAGCUUUCAGGGGUGUCUAGAGCGCAAGCCGGAGCGUACACCUGUGAAUCCUGGAAGACAGAGUCUGGGCGAGAAAUCACAUCAAAGAGGAGCCAACCCAUCUCCAUAGUAGUGACAGAUCCCCCUCCCCAGCCUUCGCUGAGCAUGGAUCCCCCAUCCGGAGUGGUGAGCGAAGGGUUCCCCCUGCACAUCACCUGCACGACUCCCUGGGAUGCUGGUCAGCGGAGGUUUCACUUCUACAAGGACAGUGUCAAGCUUGUUCCUGGGGACACAGGGUCUGACAUCAGCACCACAGAGCCCAGCACCAGCUCUAUGAACAUCUCUGUGCUCAGCAUCCCUCAGGCCAGUCCCAACAACACCGGGGAAUUCACCUGCGGGUAUGAGGUGAAAAUGGGUGGGGGGUGGUUCCCAUCCCCCAGGAGUCACGCUGUGAAUGUCACUGUGACAGCAUUAACAGCCUCACACUAUACCCGUGAUAUUCUGCUGAGAACUGGUGGUGUCUUGCUUCUGGGUGGAGCCCUGGCUGCUCUCAUCUGCUAUUGCCAUAGGAAGAAAAGAGUUCCAAAGCCUCUGAGAAGCACCAAGGGAUCUGAGCCCAGAGAACACACCAGGAACCUGGAUCCUGGUUGCGAUAAUAAGGGAUCAAAAGCCACAGGUGCCGGAGCAGAGCGGAUGGAACAGGUAACGUGAAUAGAUUUAUAGGCUAAACUUCAAACCUCAGCACAGUCCAACGACCUGGAAAUGGCAAGGCCUGAAUCUUUUGCCCAGUCCUGAGAUGCAGCUGCCUCUCUGGGGUGGGGCAGCCAGGUAACAGCCACAAAGAGAUGCUGCACAGGGUUUGCUCACACAGGAGGCAGGGCUGGGAAUUCGUCAUCCCUUUCCCCAUGACCCCAAACCUCCACUGAA